CGCGAAGCGUUGUUGCUCCGCGCUCGCUCCAGUCGACUUGGCGCUGUGAACCACAGGUUACCCAGCGCCCCCAGUGCUGCUUCCAGACUCCCCCGGGGCUACCAACAACACCUCCACCCAGCCACGUUCUCCACACCCUCACCCUCGUCCUCCCUCGCCUCUCGAAACCUCACCACGACACUAUUCUCCAUGGCCUCCUCCGCCUCCACCCCCACCUCCACCUCCGCCUCUGUGGACCCCCAGCAGCAGCCCCAGCGCUCUGUCAACCUGCUAGUGGUGGCCGGACCCGACUCGCCGGAACUCUCCGUACUGAAACAACUGCCGUCUGCCGUUCAGGUUGUUGCCGUGGGCCGCAACAGCGCCGACUUCGCGCACCUGAGCGAGUCGCAGUGGCGCAGCGUGAACGUGCUGCUCAACUGCGGAGUGGGCAAGAAUGCGGGCAAGCGGGAUGACAUACGGGCCCUGUGGCCGCUGCUGCCCUCGCUGACCUGGAUGCACAGCGCCAGUGCGGGUCUGGAGCACCUGCUGUUUCCGGAGCUGGUGGAGGGACCCGUGGUGCUCACCAAUGCAAAGGGUGUAUACAGUCACAGCCUCGCGGAGUUCGCCCUCACCGCAUGCAACUGGUUCGCCAAGGACCUGCCGCGGCUGAGGAGGCAGCAGGCCGCGUGUCAGUGGGAGCCGUACGAUGUGGAGGAGUUGCGGGGCAAGACCAUGGGCAUCAUUGGCUAUGGUGACAUCGGUCAGGCGGUGGGGCGGCUGGCCAAGGCUUUCCGCAUGCGUGUGGUGGCGCUGCGGAGGCGGGUGGAGCUGACGGAGGAGGAGCGGGCGGCGGGGGUGGUGGACCAGCUGUUCCCCCCCUCCCAGCUGCCCGCCCUCAUGGCCACUAGCGACUAUGUGGUGGCCGCCACCCCCCUCACCCCCGCCACCGCCCGAAUGGUGGAUGCGACCGCCAUUGCCGCCAUGAAGCCCUCGGGCGUGUUCAUUAACGUGGGGCGGGGGGGAUGCGUGGAGGAGGAGGCGCUGGUGGAGGCCCUCCAAUCGGGUCGCAUCCGCGGGGCCGCUCUGGACGUGUUCGCAGUGGAGCCGCUGCCGCCCACCAGCCCGCUAUGGCACCUGGACAAUGUGUUGCUAUCACCGCACUGCGCCGACCGAACCAAGGAGUUCCAGUACGAGAGCCUGUCCUUCUUCCUGGACAACAUGCGCCGCUUCCUGGCAGGGCAGCCGCUGACCAAUGUGUGCGACAAGCGGAGCGGGUACUGAGGGGGUGGUGGGGGAGAGGGGUGGCAGGGCAUUGUGGGGUGCGGGAAUGGGGGCAGCAUGGGGUGGUGGGUAAAAAAGAGGAAACUGACGAGCUGCGUGACGAGGCUGGCGGGGAUGGUGGAGGGUCGGGAGCUGGGGGAGGGCAGCAACAGUAUUUAUUUCAAGGGCAGGUCUUCACAGCAGCGCGAGCAGGAGCAUUAUAAGCAGGAUGAGCAGCAAGCGCACAGGAGGGUUAGGAGGUGGUGAAUGGGGAUUUGCUGCAACGGGCUAGGAGUAAGUAGGAAGAUGAAGAGGAGGCGGUGGAGGAGGAGGAGCGAGGAAGAAGGCGUUCAGGAAAGCAAGAAGGUGCGGUAUGCUAACCGAUAGACCUGCGCCGCGAGCGGUGUGUUAAGAAAACUGGCCGCGAGUAGCGGUGUGUGUGAGGUGGGUGGUGGCGCCUGGGUGAGGCGAGCUCCGGGGGUACGGAUGGGGGGAAAAUUAUAAAUAAAUGCAACAACGCAAUCCCAAUCCCGAAUCCCGACUCAUGCAGUGAGCGCAUUCGGAGACACUAAUCUACGGAUGGGGGGAAGCAGCCGGAGGGGUGAUGGGCUGCUAUAGCGGUGAUGGGGGUGACGGCGGUCAGGCGGCG